AUGAUCCAGACAGACCGCUUGUACUCUGCCGAUGAUCUGUACACGAUUCGGCAGAGAGAGGACAAACCCCUACGGGAGUACGCAGCGCGCUUCAGUCACGAAUACUCGAGGUGUCCAGAAACGGACGAUAGGGCAGCCUUCGGUGCCUUCAAGAGUGGCCUUCGGUCCUCUCACUUCCGGUACCUCGUGCAUAGUAGUAACUGGCGCACAUACGACGAGUUGAUGAAGCAGGCGGCAGUUCAUGCGAAAGCCGAAUAUUUCAACUCCAAACCCGGGCCUUCGGCUCGGAAGGAGGAGCCAGCGACCAAGAGUUAUCCGAGGCGAACUGAUGAUUCUUCGGCAGGACACAAACGGAAGGACGACCGUGAUAGUCGUCAGAGAAACUCGAAGAAGGGGCACGGGAAAUACGGUCGUAAUGACCACCGUUCGCCGCUACCGAAUCACGAUCGUGCCCAGGAAGUCUUCACCCUGCUGAACACAACAUACGAGACCGAUAAUCGGGACACUGGCAAAUUCUGCCGAUACCACCAGCAGAACAGCCACAACACCGAAGACUGCAUCAGUCUGAGGAAGAUCGUUAAGCGUCUGAUUCGGGAAGGAAAGCUGGAUCACCACAUUGCCAAGCCACCACAGGCAUCGGCACCGAACGCGAAUCGGCAGAUCAACAUGAUCAGCACCAUCAGCGGUGGCCCCACUCUGGCGGGACCCUCUAACCGUUCAAUGAAACAGUAUGUGUGUGCCGCCCACUACCCUCAGGUCUUCGGCAUAGAAGACGAUCGGUGCCGAAAGGUGCUGAAGGUGGGAUGGGAGCCCAUCACAUUCUGUGAAGAAGAAGAGGAAGGGAUCAUUUACCCCUACGAUGACCCAAUGAUCAUUCGGGCCGAGAUCGCAAACUACAAUGUAGGUCGGGUGCUGAUCGACACCCGGAGUUCGGUGAACGUAAUUUUUGUCGAUGCGUUCAAGGGACUGGGGAUUGCCGACAGCAUGGUCAAUCGGCAAAUCACGCCUCUCCUCAGUUUUUCUGGGGAUCUGGUCCAGCCAGUCGGCAGUAUCAGCCUGCCCAUCGCCUUCGGCGUCGCCCCCAAGAAAACAAUGACCUACGACCAAUUCUUCAUUGUCAAUUGCCCAACGGCAUACAACGUCAUUGUAGGGCGAAUGACACUCACCAGGGUCAAAGCCCACUUAUUGCCCCCACAUGUUGCUGAUGAAGUUCCCAACACGCAACGGUACUGGCGCCGUCCGGGGCGACCAGCUCAGCGCACAGACGUGUUAUGCCACAGCCCUUAA